CCAGCUCCUGAGAGCAUGGCCGCGUCGAAGGUGAAGCAGGACAUGCCCCCGCCGGGGGGCUACGGCCCCAUCGACUACAAGCGGAACCUUCCACGUCGGGGACUGUCGGGCUACAGCAUGUUCGCCGUGGGCAUCGGGACCUUGCUCUUCGGGUACUGGAGCAUGAUGAAGUGGAACCGCGAACGCAGGCGCCUGCAGAUUGAGGACUUCGAGGCCCGCAUCGCGCUGAUGCCUCUGUUGCAGGCAGAGAAGGACCGGAGAGUCCUGCAGAUGCUCCGGGAGAACCUGGAGGAGGAGGCCAUCAUCAUGAAGGAUGUGCCCAACUGGAAGGUGGGUGAGUCUGUGUUCCACACAACACGCUGGGUGACCCCCAUGAUGGGCGAGCUCUAUGGACUGCGCACAAAUGAGGAGAUUCUCAAUGCCACCUAUGGCUUCAUAUGGUACACGUAGGGGCCUGUGCCCCUUGGACCUGGACCCCUGCCCCCUCCCCACCGGGAAGGAAUAAAUGCUCUUGAGACCUGCC